CCGAAAGAAAAAAUUUAAAGAAUCGCCAUGUUUAGCAGACGACGGCUGGCAGCAACCGCUGUGAAAGACGGCCUACUGAUCUUAAACUGUAUAAGUGAAAAACCCUCGCUUAGACGUCGCUGGGAGUAGCCAGGCCAGGGAAAAGAUGGAGUUGCCGUACUCGGCCGUUUUUAACGCUGCCGGUGAGGGGAAGUUCUUGACUCUUGCCGCGCUGUUGCACAACAAGACGACGGAAGAGGCCCGUGAACUUCUGACACAUGUGACGGAAGAUCCCGAAGGACAGGCCGCCCCACCGCUAGUCAUCGCUGCGAAGAACGGACAUUGUAAGGUGGUGAGGUUCAUCCUUGAGACAUAUGACGUACCCGUGGACCAGACAGGUAUGGUCAAGUUCGACGGCUACAUCAUCGAGGGCGCAUCCUCUCUGUGGUGUGCUGCGGGAAGGGGCCACUUUGACGUUGUGAAAGACCUGAUCAUCCACAAGGCCAACGUGAAUCACCGCACACUGACGGACUCUACCCCGCUUCGUGCGGCAUGCUUCAACGGUUGCCUGGACAUUGUGAGGUACCUCAUAGAGAACAAGGCUGACAUCCACAUCGCCAACAAGUUUGAGAACACAUGUCUGAUGAUCGCGUGCUACAAGGGUCACAUAGACGUGGUGUCCUACCUACUCAAAAUGGGAGCUAACCCGAACAGUAAGGCGCAUUGCGGGGCCACGGCCCUCCACUUUGCAGGGGAAUGUGGCCACUUGGAGAUUGUGAAGGAACUCAUCCUGAAGGGAGCCACCCCCCAAGUAAACGGCCAUGGUAUGACUCCCCUGAUGCUUGCCGCGGAUGGAAGCCACCCAGAGGUCGUGGAGUAUUUCGUCUCGCUCCCCGACUGUGACAGAGUCACCAAGGUAGAGACCUUGGAGCUUCUUGGAGCUUCAUUUGCCAGCAACAAGGACAACUACAGCCUUGACAAGGCGUACCACUACAUGCACGAGGGAAUGGUGGAACGAUUCGCGGAUGACCGGCAGAUCUUGCAUAAAGAGGUCCUGCCUCCAACCCCUGCAUAUGACAACAGGAUAGAGAGCCUGACAGUAAAUGCACUAGAGGCUAUUCAGGACAACCCCCAUGCUAUACACAUGGAGGCACUGAUGGUGCGGGAGCGAAUCCUGGGCUCAAGCAACCCGCAGGUCCCCCACCCCAUCAUCUACAGAGGGGCAGUCUAUGCAGACGGCAUGUACUUUGACAGAUGCAUCAAUCUUUGGAUGCAUGCAGUGAAGUUAAGGCAAAUGAACAACCGCAGCGUACACAAAGAUCUCCUGCGGUUCGCCCAGGUGUUUGCCCAGAUGAUUCGCCUGGGGGAGGACGUGGACCCAAACAUUUUGGCGGAGGUGAUGGAAUGUACCCUGGCAGAGAGUAAAGUGCUUAUGAGUGAGCCCGAACUGCAGACCAUCUUCCAGCACAACAUGUUGACGAUGAUGUACCUCUUUGGACUGAUGGCUUCUGUGAAGACAAACAAAGAGCAGGACCAUCGAUUGAAGAAGCUGGUGUACGACUUUCUUCACCUGAGACCGCACGCAAAAUCGGGCUGCACGCCGUUGCACCUGGCCGUUAGCCAGAGUACGCCAGUGGACGACUUUCACAUCAACGACAUCUGCACCUUUCCCAACCCGUUCGUCACGCAGCUUCUCAUCGAGUGUGGGGCGGACGUGAACGCCACGAACAACGAUGGGAACACUCCAUUACAUCUCAUUGUACAGUAUAACAAUCCCGUCAGCGACUUUCUAACGCUACACUUUAUCGUUACAAAGUUGAUCCAGGCUGGAGCGCAUAGAGACAAGGUAAACAAUGCGGGGAAAACGGCCAUACAGACCAGCACCACCGGCGUUUCCGAGGUCGUCUUGAAAACACAGACGAAAUUGAACUUGAAGUGUUUAUCGGCACGUGCAGUGAAAACACACGGACUGAAGUACAAGGGACAGGUGCCAAGAGAAGUAGAGGCUUUUGUAGACAUUAUUGCGCUGGGAGUAGCCAGGGAAAAGAUGGAGUUGCCGCACUCGGCCGUGUUCAACGCAGCUGGCGAGGGGAAGGUCUUGACACUUGCCGCGCUGUUGCACAACAAGACGACGGAAGAGGCCCGUGAACUUCUGACACAUGUGACGGAGGAUUCCCAAGGACAGGCCGCUCCACCGCUAGUCAUCGCUGCGAAGAAUGGACACUGUAAGGUGGUGAGGUUCAUCCUUGAGACGUAUGAAAUACCUGUGGACCAGACAGGUGUGGUGAAGUUCGAUGGCUACAUCAUUGAGGGGGCAUCCUCGCUGUGGUGUGCCGCCGGCAGGGGCCAUUUUGACGUCGUGAAAGACCUGAUCACCCACAGGGCUAAUGUGAACCACCGCACGCUGACCAACUCUACCCCGCUCCGCGCGGCGUGCUUCGACGGCCGUCUGGACAUCGUGAGGUACCUCAUAGAGAACAAAGCCGACAUCCACAUCGCCAACAAGUAUGAGAACACGUGCCUGAUGAUUGCGUGCUACAAGGGUCACAUAGACGUGGUGUCCUACCUACUUGAGGUGGGAGCCAACCCAAACAGCAAGGCUCACUGUGGGGCCACGGCCCUGCACUUUGCAGGGGAAUGUGGCCACUUGGAGAUUGUGAAAGAACUCAUCCUGAAGGGGGCCAUCCCCCAAGUGAAUGACCAUGGUAUGACCCCCCUGAUGCUUGCCGCUGACAGCAGUCACGCAGAGGUUGUGGAGUAUCUCGUCUCGCUCCCCGACUGUGACAGAGUCACCAAGGUAGAGACCUUGGAGCUUCUGGGAGCUUCGUUUGCCAACAACAAAGACAACUACAGCCUGGACAAGGCGUACCACUACAUGCACGAGGGAAUGUUGGAACGUUUUACGGAUGACCCGCAGAUCUUACAUAAAAAGGUCUUGCCUCCAACGCCGGCGUAUGACAACAGGAUAGAGAGCCUGACAGUAAAUGCACUAGAGGCUAUUCAGGACAACCCCCAUGCUAUACACAUGGAGGCGCUGAUGGUACGGGAGCGAAUCCUGGGCUCAAGCAACCCGGAGGUCCCCCACCCCAUCAUCUACAGAGGGGCAGUCUAUGCAGACGGCAUGUACUUUGACAGAUGCAUCAACCUUUGGAUGCAUGCCCUGAAGUUGAGGCAGACGAAUAACCGCAGCGUACAGAAAGACCUCCUGCGGUUUGCCCAGGUGUUUGCCCAGAUGAUUCGCCUGGGGGAGGACGUGAACGCUGACAAUUUGGCUGAGGUGAUGGAAUGUUGCCUGGCAGAGACCAAAGUGGCCCAAGAGCGCUUUAUCUUCAGUUGUAUGCUGAUGCACAUGUGUGGCUCCGAACUACAGGCCUCCUUCCAGCACAACAUGCUGACGAUGAUGUACCUGUUUGGACUGAUAGCUGCCGUGAAGACGAACAAGGAACAGGACCAGCGGUUGAAGAAGCUGGUGUAUGACUUCCUUCACAUGAGGCCGCAGACAAAAUCGGGUUGUACGCCGUUGCACCUGGCUGUUAGUCAGAGCACGCCAGUGGACGACUUUCACAUCAACGACAUCUGCAAGUUCCCCAGCCCGAACAUCACUCAGCUCCUCAUCGAGUGCGGGGCGGACGUGAACGCUACGAACAACGAUGGGAACACGCCGUUACAUCUCAUUGUACAGUACGACAAACCCAUCAGCGACUUUCUAACGCUACACUUUAUCGUAACAAAGUUAAUCCAGGCUGGAGCGCAUAUAGACAAGGUAAACAAGUCAGGGAAAACGGCUGUACAGACCAGCACCACCGGCGUUUCCGAGGUCGUCUUGAAAACCCAGACGAAAGUGAACUUGAAGUGUUUGUCGGCACGUGCAGUGAAAACGCACGGACUGAAGUACAAGGGACAAGUGCCAAGAGAAGUAGAGGCUUUUGUAGACAUACACUGAUAAACCCUCCGUCAGUCUAUCUGAGUGAUAGAAAACUGCCUCAUGAAGAUAUGAAUAUACAUGUACAUAUAUAGGCCAUUUUCAAAGUGGUGAGAUACUUAUCUGCAUUACCAAUUCUUUAAGAAGAGUUCUAAUCUUAUUAUGCUAUCCUUAGCUAUGUCAUAUUGCCUGGCGAUAGAUUUCUAUAUUGUUGCAUGGACUAAACAAAUCAUCAGUCUUCAGUUUAGCACUAAAAAGGAAGAAAAGUUUACAUUUGUGUAAAAAUUGAAUCUAUUCCAUCAUUGCUAAAAACAUUUUCUCUCAAAACUGUGAUAACUUCAUUAAGUAUGAUUCUGAUGUAUAUUAAUAUCUGGUGCAUAUAUGAGGUAUAUAAUUUCAGAGUAUAAACUUAGUAUUAACUUGUCCUUUGUGAGGCAAAGCUCUCAAUAAAAGCUGAAGGAAUCUC